AUGCUUGGCGUAGGUGCAGCGAAGGAAGAUAGACGGUCCAUGGUCUUAUCUGGACUGGCUGGAGCUGUUGCAGGUGCCUGUAGCAUGGCUGUUGGGGAGUUUGUUUCUGUCUCAACCCAAAAAGAUAUCGAAAAGGAAACUGUUAGCCACUUCAGUUCGAAACAUUACGGGAAAGAUGCUCCUGGAAUCGGACUCGAUGGCACCGCAACUACAGCAAGCAUGAAAGGAGAAGCAAAGCUGGAUGACUCCAAGGUCAUCUCUGAGCCAACACAGAGAAUGUCACGAAGUAUGAUCCUCGAGCCAAAGCUGCCCCCAGGUAUGUCUCCCGGAAGGUCUCCUGUAAUGAAGGUAAUCCAAGAAGAUGGAAAGAGAAGUCCUGAAAUAUUGCGGGAGGAUGACAGAGAGGAGGUGCUAACGAACCCCUACAAGGCUGCAGUUGCAUCGGGUGUAUCAUUUCUGAUUGGAUCAUGUGUGCCUUUGCUGUCUGCCGUGCUUGUGGCCCAAAAUGUUGUUAGGAUUGUGGUGAUUGCUGUGGUUGCAUCAAUAGCUCUGGCUUUUUUUGGAGGCUUCGGAGCUUAUCUUGGUGGUUCACCAAUUAGGAUAUCGGCGGUAAGAAUUCUACUUGGAGGUUGGAUUGCCAUGGCAAUUACUUUUGGGUUGCUCAAGCCUUUCGACAAGGAUCAUAGUUGAUGACUUAGAUUAUUUCCAUCAGUACUGAAAGAGAAGCUGCAUAAGGGGGGGUUUGGUUUUUCAUAUAAAGCCAAAGCUGUUGUUUCUUGCUGAAUCUUGUUUGCUUAAUACUAGAUGCUAAUAUUAUUUGAA